AUGCCAUUGAUUGAUCUUUUUAAUGGUGUUGAUUUGUUACCACUAAAACCACCUAUUUUAUUAAUGGUUGAAAGAUUUGUAGCUCAUUUGAUUGAUCAUUUUCCAGAAAUUGAAAAAAUUAUGAUGUUAUAUCAGGAUAGAUUAGUUUGGCAUUCUGUACCAAAACAAGAUUUACUUAUAUUAUUUACAUAUGUUACCAAAAGUUUAUUAUCUACAUCAACUAUUAAUGAAUUACAACCAGAAUCCUUUAAUAGCCGAAGGUUAUCUUUGACGUUUGGUAGUGGAAAAUUUAUAGCUGGAAUACCAGAAAAUGGUGAAGAGUGUAGAAAAGUUUUUCUAACAAAUACUCAAUCAUUAAAUGAUGUUGAAUCUUUUAAAAUGGUUGUUUUUAGAUGCCUUAAUGCUACAAUAUGUCUUUUUAUGAAAAAAGAACCAACACUUGAUAGUUUAACUCCAAUAGGGAAAUAUUUUGAUUGUCAUCUUCCAUCUGUAGCAUCUGAUUUAGGGGAGAAUGUCAUUAUAUCAAUAAAGCCUUUGAUGCAAGAUGUACCAAUACAUUAUAUUUAUCAUAAUCCACUAACACUUUCUUUAUCAACGAGUUUUGUUCCAUCAACAGAUUUGUCUUCAUCACGUCCAAAUAUAACAAAACAUGUUUUGAAAUUAACACUCGAGACAUAUGAUCAUUUUAUCAAUGAAAAAGAUCCUUAUGGUCAUAUUCAAGUUAAAUCAAAUGAUGAUUGGUUUAUUUAUUUUAAAAAAUUUAACUAUCGUCUAGUUAUAUUAUUUUAUUAUGAUCCUAAUAAUACAUCAAAUGACAACACAGAAUAUUUUAAUAGGAUCUUAAAAAAAUACAUGGAAAAUAUUUUGUUAGCUUAA